AUGCUGAAGCUUGGCCUGCUCUUUUCUUCCACUCUAUGGAUGAUUCGGGAUGUUCAGCCGCAGGUACAGGACCCUCAUGAUGGUAUUGUCAUUAGGGACAGGCGGUCACUUCGAUUGAUACUCGCAAAGGAGCCAAUAGUAGUGGAUUGGAUCUUUCAGUGGACGACGGGCUUAGGCCGGGUAUUCGAUGACACAUGUCGACGAGGAGUACUUGGGACCUUGAACCUGGUUGGCUUGCGUGUAUUCCAUGUGAUCGACCUAAUCCGUCACUCAACAGCCAUGAUCGUCUGUGGCACAAUCAAGAUAGUCGUGAGGCUUACAGCCACAUGUGAUAUUAGUGGUCCAGAGCGCCGUAAUGCGAUAUCGAAGGAUGGUUGGAUGCAUGAUAUCUGGGAGUAUUUUAAUGCAUUAAAUGUUAACGGUCACUAA